AUGAAAACACUGAAUAAAUCAUUAGUACUAUGGAAAACUAGUGGCACAACAUUAAAAACAAAAACAACCAUCAUAAACACCUACUCACUAUCACCAAUAACAUAUUUAUCAUACCUUGAAGAAUUUACAAAAGAUGAAGAAAUUCAAAUUAAUAAAUUAAUCUCAUGGUUAAUGAAUUCUCCGGCAAAUUCUGAAUCACCAACUCUCAAUACCAAUUCCAUUGAAAACAACACAUCAACCAUCCAUUCACGUGCAAAAUUACCUUUGAUGUGUUAUGAUAGAUCAUUAAAACCAUUAAAAGAAGGUGGUUGGGAAUGGGAAAACUAUGCAACUCAAAUUGGACAUCUAAAAGAUAAAGUUCAAACCCUACAACCAAUAUUAACAAAAAACCAAACCUCUCAAAUAUUAACCACAAAUAAUAUUUCACUACCACCAACACUCAAAGAAAUCUACUCGACAAUACUCAACAAUCACCAAUGCAAAUCAAAAGACUAUAUUGGAAAGAAAUAUUCAGAUCUACCUCUUACUUCGCACCAACAAUCAAUACAACUAUUAUGGAAAUACACAUACGACCAACUAUUUGUCAAAAUUCAAAAAUUAAAAGAUCCAAAAGGCCUGGAUACAAUGCAAAGAUUCUUUACUAGAUGUCUUCCGAUUAAUCAUCUACACAACAAAGUUUGCCCCAUUUGCAACAAUGAAAUGAAUAAUGAUCCCUAUGGUCAUUUGUUUUUCAAUUGUCAGCACACAAUCAACUUCAUAAACCACGACAAAUUAAAAUAUUUUAUAUAUAAAAAUUGCAAUGGAAACAAAAACUGGUCACUAACAAAAAACCAAACAACAAAAUUAUACACACCCUUUAUAAACCACAAACAAACAACAAAGCAUUUAAACCAGAUCCAACUAUCAAUAUUAAUUUUCAUUUUGCAGAAAACGCACAAUAUAAAAAAUACAGGUUUAACUGUAAUUAUUUAA